CAUCGGGUCCGCAAGGAUCCGCCCCGGAGGCCCAGAAUCCGACUCCCUUGUUUGUUCUCCCUCCCUUCUUUCCCCUUUCUCCUUCAUCCAAGCUCUCAUCCAUCAUCAAAGCUCGUUUCUUCGUAGCCGUUUUGUUUCAGUUACCUUGUUCCACCGAACCGCCAUCAUAGCCGUUGUUUCGAGCUCAAUUGCAACUAUCCCACCACUUCUUCCCCUCUUCUUACUACACACUACUCCAUACCUUUUCUUUACCUUCACUUUCUCGGGAAAAAUUCACUUCCCCUUUGUUGGUUUUCCACUUUUCGCAGCUGGAAAUCAUCACUAAUCAGAGCUACCAGUUUUCCCAGUUCCCACUCUCCAAUUAAUCAUCAUAUUUGAUCUGAAAGAAGAGAGUUAGUAAGUAAUCUCUUCUUUUCAGCACUAGUUUAGGCUGGCUGACGGCUUUGAUUGAUUUCUUUAUUGAGGCCAUUAAAGUGGCGAAGUAAGAAAAGCAGCAGGCCAUGGAAGGAAAGGAAGGAACAAAAAGAGAGAAACCUCGAUUCCUGGUGUGGUAGAAGAAGCACAGCGAGAGAGAGAUUUUUGAAUUACAAAAUUCACAUAUUUUCUUUUUGACCCAUUUAUUAUUCAAAUCCAGCAACCCAAAAAGCUUCAUCCUUUGGUGUUUUCAAAACACCAGCCUGCUGCACAGAGUGACAGAGAGAUGUUUUAGCUUCUGCUUUUGUCGACAUUUAUCUUGGAAUCUCCCUUUCCUUUCCUUUAUUUCUUUACUUCUCAUUCUGUGUUUAAAUUUGGGAUCUUUCCCCUUUUUUCUCCCUUUUUGUACUGUAUUUUUAGUUGUUUCCACCUCGUCAUAAAAUUCAUUCUUGUUACAGGGGAGAGGGUGAGAGAACUGUGGGAAAGAAGCAGAAGAAAACAGCUCGUUUUUUCGGCCUUCUCCGAAUUUUUCCUCUCCAAUGGAAGACGCUAGUAAGGCUAUUGUUCUGUUCUACUUGGUGGGUGUGAUCCUGCUGGGAGCAAAUGCAGACCCAGUUGAAGAUAAACAAGCUUUACUAGACUUCAUCGCCAAAUUCCACCACUCCAGAGCGCUAAACUGGAACGAGAGCUCCUCACUCUGCAACGAAUGGACUGGAAUCACUUGCAACGAAGAUGGCUCUCGAGUAAUCUCCGUUAGGCUCCCCGGCGUCGGCUUCCAAGGCCCCAUUCCUCCCAACACUCUCAGCCGUCUCUCGGCGUUGCAGGUUCUGAGCCUUAGAUCCAAUGGGAUUACUGGGGAAUUCCCUUCUGAUCUUUAUACUCUAAAGAACUUGUCUUUUCUCUACUUGCAAUACAACAACUUAUCUGGGUCGUUGCCAGCUGAUUUCACUGUCUGGAGCAACCUCACCAUUGUGAAUUUCUCCAACAAUAGGUUUAGUGGCACUAUCCCUAGCUCACUUAAGCAAUUGACUAGACUCGCUGCGUUGAAUCUCGCAAACAAUUCCCUCUCCGGUGAAAUCCCUGACCUUGGUUCACCAGCUCUGCAGCAGAUCAACUUGUCCUACAAUUACCUCUCUGGUGAUAUCCCUAACUCUCUCAGGAGAUUCCCGAUCUCAGUGUUUGCUGGUAACAGCAAUGUUUCGACUGAAGGAGGUGGUUUCACUCCACAUUCCUCUCCAUUUCCCACACCAUCACCGCCACAUUCGGUUCUUCCUUCGUCCAAACCUGGGAAGCGUCUCAGUGAAGCAGCAUUGCUCGGGAUUAUAGUUGCUGUUGGGGUGUUAGUAUUGGUGGCUUUUGCUCUAUUGCUCGUUGUUUGUUGCUCGAGGAAGAAAGGAAGUGGUGAAGAUGUGUAUUCGAUUUCGACAAAGUUGCAAAAGGGUGGAAUGUCCCCUGAGAAGAUGGUCUCAAGGAACCAGGAUGCUAGCAACAAGCUGGUGUUCUUCGAUGGAUGUAACUACGCAUUCGAUUUGGAAGACUUGUUGAGAGCUUCUGCUGAGGUUUUGGGGAAGGGCACGUUCGGAAUGGCUUAUAAGGCGAUAUUGGAGGAUGCUACUACAGUGGUGGUGAAGAGGUUGAAGGAAGUGGGUGCUGGGAAGAGAGAUUUCGAGCAGCAGAUGGAUAUCGUCGGUGGGAUUAGGCACGAGAAUGUGGUUGAGCUCAAGGCUUAUUACUUCUCCAAGGAUGAGAAGCUUAUGGUGUGUGAUUACUACGCCCGGGGGAGUGUCUCAGCUAUGCUUCAUGGUACCAAAAGAGGGCACGAGAGAGUGCCAUUGGACUGGGAAACGAGGAUGCAGAUCGCCAUAGGUGCAGCAUGCGGCAUCUCAUGUAUUCACCAAGCAAAUGGAGGGAAAUUUGUCCAUGGCAACAUCAAGUCCUCCAACAUAUUCCUGAACCCCACCACCGGCUACGGAUGUGUCUCCGAUGUCGGUUUAUCAGCCGUGAUGAGCGCACUUGCCCCUCCGAUCUCUCGUGCAGCUGGCUACCGAGCACCGGAGGUCACCGACACGAGGAAAGCAACACAAGCUUCCGAUGUCUACAGCUUCGGCGUGGUCCUGCUCGAGCUUCUGACAGGGAAGUCUCCAAUUCAUACCACGGGUGGGGACGAGAUCAUACAUUUGGUGAGGUGGGUUCAUUCGGUGGUGCGAGAGGAGUGGACAGCCGAAGUCUUCGAUGUGGAGCUGCUGAGGUACCCGAACAUCGAGGAAGAGAUGGUCGAGAUGCUGCAGAUCGCAAUGUCUUGCGUGGUGAGGGUUCCUGAUCAGAGGCCGAAGAUGGACGAGGUUGUGAAGCUGUUGGAGGGCGUUCGAGCUAGGGAUACAGAGAACCGGGGAUCUACGGGAACUUCAACUCCACAGAUGGCGUCGACACCGGUAGCAGCUCCGCCGCCUCUAGAAUCAUGAACAUGAUUGAUGUAUUAGCGAAAUCCGUCGUAGUCCUUCGUUAUUCGUCGUCCUUUUGGUUUUGGGUCUUUUUAGCCAUUGAUGAUUCUGAUUGUGAUUUUAGUUGAGUGUUGAAUGAAUGGCUUAUUUGACACUUCCUUGUGAUCUCAAUGUUGCUGUCAAAUUUGUCAUUUGUUCAUUAUGUUUAGUAGUGAUGGUUGUCAAGUUUGGAUCUUUGUUGAAGUAAUUCAGAGUCGAAAAGCAAGUCUCUGUCUAGCUCCGAGGAUCAGAUUUCGUUAGUAUUUUAUUGAAAUUGAAUCUUAAUACUCUUUUUCUUUCACCAAAAGUGAACUGAAAUGUCUGCUUUGGGGAGUUCAAGCUUUUAUUUGAG